UUUGAGGGAAGAUCAGUCGAUAUAGGAGUAGUCCUCUCUUUGAUUUCUCUCUUAAGCAAUUAGCAGCAUAGCUAGGCUACCCAAUUGAAGAAGAGGAAGAAACAAAUCAUGCACGAAAAGAAUAAUCCAAUUCAUCCCAUUUUUGCGUCAGAUUUUCUUUUCACGAAUAGUUAGUUAACAAUUGUAAUCAUAAUCACACACAACAAUGGCGGACUCCUCCGGCACCACUCUCAUGGAUCUGAUCACGGCCGAUCCAUCCACCUUCUCCGCCGCCGCUUCUUCGUCGUCGUCCUCUUCCACGUCAUCAUCGACAUCUUCGUCUGCAGCUGCGGCUGCGGCGGUUUUGGGGCCGGCGACGGCGCUUGGGAAGCCGGCGGUGGAGAAGCGGUCGAAGAGAGCGUCGCUCCUCCAGAUCCAGAACGACACCAUUUCUGCCGCCAAGGCUGCUCUCAACCCCGUCCGUACUAAUAUGAAUAUCAACAUUAUCCCUAUCCCUCAGAAGCAGAAGCUCAAGAGCAAGAAGCCUGUUUCGUACUCUCAACUUGCCAGAAGCAUUCACGAGCUAGCUGCCUCUUCUUCACAGAGGCAGCUACUGAAUCAUGUGUUUCCAAAACUCGCCGUCUACAACUCAGUCGACCCUUCUUUGGCACCAUCUCUUCUCAUGUUGGAUCAGCAGUGCGAAGACAGGAGCGUUCUGCGAUAUGUAUAUUAUUACCUGGCUAGGAUUUUGUCUGAUACUGGGGCCCAAGGUGUGAGCUCCGGCGGUGGCAUUCCAACUCCGAACUGGGAUGCUUUGGCUGACAUUGACGCUGUUGGUGGGGUGACUAGAGCUGAUGUUGUGCCUAGAAUUGUAGCUCAACUCACAAAUGAGGCGUCAAAUGCUGAUGUCGAAUUUCAUGCACGAAGACUUCAAGCAUUGAAGGCUCUUACAUAUGCUCCAUCAAGCAACUCUGAAAUAUUGUCCAAAUUGUAUGAAAUUGUAUUUGGCAUCCUCGAUAAGGUCGCCGAUGCCCCACAAAAACGCAAGAAAGGUGUGUUUGGGACUAAAGGUGGUGACAAAGAGUUCAUCAUUCGGAGCAAUUUACAAUACGCUGCCCUAAGUGCUUUGAGAAGGCUUCCUCUGGAUCCAGGGAAUCCAGCAUUUCUGCAUCGAGCAGCACAGGGUGUCUCAUUUGCUGACCCUGUUGCUGUGAGGCAUUCGUUGGAAAUUCUCUCCGAGCUAGCUACAAGAGACCCCUACGCAGUUGCAAUGGCCUUAGGGAAACUUGCACAGCCUGGAGGGGCUCUGCAAGAUGUUCUGCACUUGCACGAUGUUCUUGCAAGAGUUGCAUUAGCUAGAUUGUGCCAUACAAUAUCCCGGGCUCGAGCACUAGAUGAGAGGCCUGAUAUUAAAUCUCAGUUCAACUCCGUGCUCUAUCAACUCCUUCUUGAUCCCAGUGAAAGGGUUUGUUUUGAGGCAAUCUUAUGCGUAUUGGGAAAGCAUGAAAAUGCAGAGAGGCCUGAAGAGCGAGCUGCUGGGUGGUUCCGUUUAACUAGGGAGAUUCUGAAGUUGCCUGAAGCACCGUCUCUGAAGGAAACCUCCAAAGAUAAAACUCAAAAGACAAGGCGUCCACAACCUCUUAUAAAGCUUGUAAUGAGAAGGCUGGAGAGUUCUUUCCGUAGUUUCUCCCGGCCAGUACUUCAUGCGGCAGCAAGAGUUGUGCAGGAGAUGGGGAAAAGUCGCGCAGCUGCAUUUGCUUUAGGCAUACAGGACAUUGAUGAAGGGGUACAUAUUAAUGCAUUUGCUGAGUCAGCAGAUUCACACGAUUCAGAUAGUGCUGAAACUUCACAUUCUGAAAGUGUCCUGAGAACCUCCUCCAUAUCUAACGGAACUGGUGGCAAGGAUACGAUUGCAAGCUUGCUAGCAUCUUUGAUGGAAGUGGUGCGGACAACUGUAGCAUGUGAAUGUGUUUAUGUUCGAGCAAUGGUUAUUAAAGCUCUGAUCUGGAUGCAGAGUCCACAUGAUUCAUUCGAUGAACUGAAAUCCAUUAUUGCAUCAGAGCUUUCUGAUCCAUCUUGGCCAGCCACACUCCUAAAUGAUGUUUUACUUACGUUGCAUGCUCGUUUCAAGGCAACUCCAGAUAUGGCUGUCACUCUUCUUGAAAUUGCAAGGAUCUUUGCUACCAAAGUUCCAGGGAAGAUUGAUGCCGAUGUAUUACAACUACUGUGGAAAACAUGCCUCGUUGGAGCUGGUCCUGAUGGGAAGCACACUGCUUUAGAGGCAGUUACCAUAGUUCUUGACCUACCACCACCACAACCUGGCUCAAUGUUGGGGUUAACAUCUGUAGAUAGAGUAUCAGCAUCAGAUCCGAAGUCAGCUCUGGCAUUACAGAGAUUAGUGCAAGCGGCAGUAUGGUUUCUGGGAGAAAAUGCAAACUAUGCUGCUUCAGAAUAUGCCUGGGAAUCUACAACUCCUCCCGGCACUGCAUUGAUGAUGCUAGAUGCUGAUAAAAUGGUUGCUGCCGCUAGUUCUCGUAACCCCACUCUAGCUGGUGCAUUGACUCGACUCCAAAGGUGUGCAUUCAGUGGGAGCUGGGAGGUUAGAAUUAUUGCCGCUCAAGCUCUUACAACCAUGGCGAUUAGGUCUGGCGAGCCUUAUAGGCUACAGAUCUAUGAAUUCUUGCACACUUUAGCUCAGGGUGGUGUCCAGUCUCAACUAUCUGAGAUGCAUCUCAGUAACGGGGAAGAUCAAGGGGCCAGUGGCACAGGCCUUGGAGUUUUGAUCAGUCCCAUGAUUAAGGUUCUUGAUGAAAUGUAUAGAGCGCAAGAUGAUUUAAUCAAGGAUAUUCGUUACCAUGACAAUGCAAAAAAAGAAUGGACAGAUGAAGAACUCAAGAAACUAUAUGAAACCCAUGAAAGGUUGCUUGAUCUUGUUUCUCUGUUUUGUUACGUCCCUAGAGCAAAGUAUCUUCCUUUGGGGCCAAUAAGCGGAAAACUGAUUGGCAUCUAUCGCACAAAGCACAAUAUCAGUGCAUCAACUGGUUUGAGUGAUCCAGCUGUUGCUACUGGAAUUUCCGAUCUUAUCUAUGAAUCAUCUAAACCAGCACAUGCUGAGCCAGAUGCACUUGAUGACGACCUAGUAAAUGCAUGGGCAGCAAAUCUCGGUGAUGAUGGAUUGUUUGGAAAUAAUGCACCAGCCAUGAACAGGGUUAAUGAAUUUCUUGCUGGCGCUGGAACUGAUGCUCCUGAUGUUGAUGAAGAAAAUAUUAUCUCUAGACCUUCUGUUAGUUAUGAUGAUAUGUGGGCAAAGACACUUUUAGAGACUUCAGAAAUAGAGGAAGAUGAUGCAAGAUCUGGGUCAUCAUCCCCAGACUCGACGGGAUCAGUUGAAACUUCGAUAUCUUCUCACUUUGGAGGAAUGAACUACCCUUCACUCUUCAGUUCAAAGCCGGAGAGGUCAGGAGGAAGCAGAUUUAGCAAUCCGUCUACUGGCGGGCCCUCAUUAUACGAGGGUCUAGGUUCUCCUAUUAGAGAAGAGCCCCCGCCAUACUCAUCACCUGUCAGGCAAAGGUUUGAGUCAUUUGAGAAUCCUCUAGGUUCACGAGGGUCCCAAAGCUUUGGAUCUCAAGAUGAAGAGCGGUCAUCUUCUGGAAACCCACAAUACGGAACAGCCCUUUACGACUUCACCGCUGGUGGAGAUGACGAGUUAAACUUGACGGCAGGAGAAGAUGUCGAAAUUGAAUACGAAGUGGACGGCUGGUUCUACGUGAAGAAGAAACGCCCCGGCAGAGAUGGCAAAAUGGCGGGCCUCGUCCCCGUCCUCUAUGUCAAUCAGUCUUGAGUUGAUUUGAAGUGUGCUUGUUAGAGUUCAUUACUUCUGAAUAGCUGCGUUCAUCUUGCUUUUCCAAUACAUGCGGGGAAUCUCUAAACAAUCCACAUUUUUCGGAGCAGUGGAAAGUCACAUGAAGAAUCAACCAAAAUGUGUAUCUUUUUGUUAAUAAUUCUUUGGACAUCAGGCUUUUUUAAAUCUUUUUUUUUUUGUUUAUAC